ACAGGUGUGUAUGAAGUUUUGAUGUGUCUACAGGUGUCUAGGAAGUUUUGAUGUGUCUACAGGUGUGUAGGAAGUUUUGAUGUGUCUACAGGUGUGUAGGAAGUCUUGAUGUGUCUACAGGUGUGUAGGAAGUUUUGAUGUGUCUACAGGUGUCUAGGAAGUUUUGAUGUGUCUACAGGUGUGUAGGAAGUUUUGAUGUGUCUACAGGUGUGUAGGAAGUCUUGAUGUGUCUACAGGUGUGUAGGAAGUUUUGAUGUGUCUACAGGUGUCUAGGAAGUUUUGAUGUGUCGACAGGUGUGUAGGAAGUUUUGAUGUGUCUACAGGUGUGUAGGAAGUUUUGAUGUGUCUACAGGUGUAUAGGAAGUUUUGAUGUGUCUACAGGUGUGUAUGAAGUCUUGAUGUGUCUACAGGUGUGUAGGAAGUUUUGAUGUGUCUACAGGUGUAUAGGAAGUUUUGAUGUGUCUACAGGUGUGUAGAGAAAAACCUAGAAACAGGUAGCAGGUAUUGGAUCUGCGAGUGUCAGGUAGGUUUCCUGGUAUCAACGGAAACGGUAAGUACAAAAAUCGAAAUUUUAUGCGGUACCGUGCUGUGUUGUACCUUGUUGCGUUGUGUUGUACCGUGUUGCGUUGUGUUGUACCGUUUUGCGUUAUGCCGUACCGUGCUGCGUUGUGCCGUGCUGUGUCGUGCUGUACCGUGCUGUGUAAAGCUGUUGUUGCAAGCGAUCACGCAUCAUGCAUAGAAGGUUCUGUCGACAGUAAGGGACAUCGCCAAUUCUACUAAACUUUCUCCACAGGAAAAUGGGCAGACAACUUUCUCAAUGCUAUUGUAGUAUUGUAUUACAUCAGUUAGUUCCCUUACAUUAAAUGUCAUUUUAAUUUUAAGCCACCAGUACGCCACCAGUUCAGGAACACCAUGACAUUAGAUGCCAUCUGACAUUCAUGGAUAUUUACAUACCGGUGUCUGUAGCACCAGACGCCAAGCUGAGUCUACUGGACGCCUCCUGUGAACUGGUCAACAACGGCACUCACUACAUCGGUCACGUGAUGUACAACACGUGCGGCACGACGGUCAGCUCGUUCUCUGACCACCUGCAGGUGCACAACCAGAUCACCGUGCACACUAGCCUGGAUGUGUCCGCCCCAGUUGUGUUUGAUGAAUUGAAGAUUGUCUUGGACUGUCGCGUUCAACUUGAACAACAGCUCAACGGGGCUUUCCAGAGCGUGACUGUGGCACCAAUACACGAAGUAGAUGACAACGAGGCAAAUUUUCUCCUCAAGGAAUUCUCUGGCCCAGACUACAGACAGGAGAUCACAAGGUACCCGGUACAGGUUCCCGCCACUGGUGAGCUGUUUCUAGAAGUUUCUCUCGCUAGCCCACAAGACGACACAGGUGUGAGAAUUGUUCAGUGCUGGGCCACGCCCACAUCAUCAGCAGACGACAGCACAAGGUUCUCACUAAUCAGAGACGGGUGUCCCGCCAGCCGGGCUGUCCACCCACAACCUAGCCCGGGGGUCGGGCAGGUCCGCUUUAGUGUCCAGGCCUUUCACUUUCCAGGUAGUAACAGUCAUGACGUCACGGCGUACCUCCACUGUGACGUCAGCACCUGUCGAGGCAACACGUGCAAUGUAAACUGUGACGUCACCACGAGAAAACGCAGAAGGAGCCUCCGGUCCCAUUCGACCUUGACCUAUGGUCCGGUGUUUGUAAAAUAAAUUUAUUUUGUCUUUU